AUGGGAGGCGGCGCGCUGCUGGAGGCGUCGGCGCGAGGCGACGCGGGCCGUGUCGCGAGCUUGAUUCGAGCCGGCGCGCCCGUGGAUGCUGCGGACGAGAAUGGCUGCAGCGCCUUGCAGAGGGCGGCGGCGGAUGGGCAUGUGGAGGUCGUACGCGUGCUGCUGGAGCAAGGCGCCGACCCCAACAAGCAGGACCUCGUGCACGGCAACACCGCAGCACACGAGGCAGCAUGGAAGGGUUACUCCCGCACUGUUGCAACACUUGCGAAGGGCUGCGACCUGCGCGCGCGCAACGCGGCCGGCUUCGCGCCGCUGCACCUCGCAACACAGAACGGGCACAACCAAUCAGCGAGGGAGAUUCUACUUGCUGGGGCACCUCCGGACUUGCAGAAUAACUAUGGCGAUACUUCUCUGCACACUGCGGCACGCUAUGGUCACGCGGGAGUCACGCGCAUCCUGAUCUCGGCGCAGUGUCGCGUCUCCGAACAGAACAAAAACGGCGACACAGCUCUUCACAUAGCAGCCGCAAUGGGCAGGCGAAAGCUAACAAGAAUACUCCUAGAAGCCGGUUGCGACAAAUCUCUCAAGAAUCAUCAAGGAGAAGCAGCAAGAGAUAUCGCCAGCAGAAAGGGAUUGGAAGAAAUAAUCAACAUCCUUAACACACCUGUCGCAAAACAGGGCAAAAAGAAAGACAGGCAUAGAGAUAAAAGCAAAGAAAGAACCAUCGAUGAACCCGAUGAAUCGAAGAAAAGUGACAAAAGCAAAGAGAAGAAAAAGAAGAGUGUACACUUCGAAACUACAACGAAUCCAGCUCAAGUACAGUGGUCGCCAUAUGGCUGCCAUUACUAUCCUGACCCAAAAUACUUCCCUAAACCCAAGUUAAACUCGCUUCCCACCGAACCUUUGAAAAAAGGCGAGCAAUACUACUUGGACCUGGCCGGAAAUAUAAAAAAGGGUCCAAUUGGAGCUGGAUAUACGUGCUAUUGUGCCCCAUUCUUCAAGCACAUGGAAGAAAAGCUUAAUGAAGACAAGAAAGAUUUGAAACGCCAUAUCGAUAAAGCCCAUGAAAAAUUAGACCAGAAAGUUACAGAUUUAGAAAUGAAGACUCAAGGUCAAAUAUCAGAGUUAACGAGGUUUGUUGCUGCUGAGAGAGCUUUAUGCAAGGAGAGGCACAAACAUUUGGAGCAAUGGCUUUCGAGAGGCAUGAUGUUCCGAGCGUCGGAAAGAGUAAAGAAACUUGACUUUAGUCCAAAAGGCUCGGUAGAUAUAGCGCCGUUAAAAAGAACGAGGAGUCUCGAAAUUUUAGACGGUAGCAACGAAGAAUGGAACAACGUCAACAGAAUUAUUAAGAGCUUUAACGAGAACAUGGAGCAGUGUGAAAGUAUAGCCAAAGACUUGGAAUAUAAAGCGACUUCCAAAAGCACUGAGGGAUUAGAUAAUAAAUCACCUCGAAGUCCAAGACGAAAGCUUUUGCUAAAAAAUUCAAGAAGUAGUGAUCAGUUAGAUUUAGGACACAGUCGAUGUUCGAGAUCACCUCACUCUACCACCCAUACAAGCAGUCAAGGCACUUCUCCAAAUGUCACGGCUGAAAUUCAUGUUAGAGCAAAUAAGGUUUCCGUAUCCCAAUCCCCUGUUUCUGAUGUUCCUGUUUUCAAUGAAAGAUACAUGUCUUCGUGUAGAAACUCUACAGCCAUAUCACCAAGUAGCAGUAAUCGUCAAUCAGAUUUUAAAGGUAUGAAUCUAGAGGAACAUGUUAUGAACAGUCAAAUAGAACAACAAAAUGAAACUAUGUGGAAAAGUCAAGUAUUACAAAGGACAGCAGAUGAUAUUCGAAAAAGGGUAAUGCUUGAAAAAGAAAUGUCGGAUGUCCUGAUAAGGAAUGCAAAACCGUUGGACAUCACUCAGGACGGUUACAUAAAAUUUUCUAAGCAACCUGAUUACAGAGAAGAAUGCAUUAAAGAGAGGGAGCCUCGAAGAUCAGUUCAAGAAUUGGUAGCUCAUGUAGAACAUCAACAGAGACAUUUCUCUCCGGAAAGAAUUCCUCUACCUAUAAAAACAGUUGAAAAAGAAGCACAAAUGCCAGUACAACCCAAUCCCCUUAUCCUUAAAAUGCCCCAACAGCCGUUAAGACCUGCACCAGUAUUGAAAGAAAAACCUUCAAAAGUCAAACGGUUUAGUCUGCAUAAUUUAAUACCGUUUCCAACGAGAAAAGCCUAUCAUACUCCGCCAAAGGAAAAUGGUAAUAAUUCAGAAAGCAGUGACGAAGAAGACAAUCCUAUACGCAGUACAAAUCAACCCGGUCCAAUGAGGAAUACUAAUCUACUUCAAACACUACCUCUCCCUAAUUACGAGACUGUCUCAAUGAAAUCUCAAUCCCCAGCGCCUCAAGUGCAAACUCAAAAUUAUCCUCACGAUAUUAGAAUGAUUCCAAAAGACGCUUACUUCCACGAAAUACCGAAUAGACAAACGCAUCAUCAAAUGCCAUACAUCCAAGAAAAUGGUCUUCCAAAUCCACCAUACCCUUCCCAGACUCAAUUCGAUUAUAACGAGCCUGGUCUACCACAAGGUCAAGUUGAAGGCCGCAACAGAAACCCUAUACACCAUCACCAAACAGGCGUUUUCAGCGCUAUGAUGCAAGAUCAUAUAAUAAGGGAAAUAGAACGGAUACCCCAUUGUUACAGCGACCAUUUGGAUCAGAACACUGAAGUUGAAAUCGCUAACCAAAAUGAUCACUUUCGCGGUGGUUACUACGAUAACCGUCCGCCAAUGUACCCGGGCUUCAGACCAAACCCAAAUGCUCUAAGGAAGCCAACACCUGAUCAUAAUUUGCUACACAGUCGUCUUCAAUCUUUAGCCAUUAACACACAUCUGACUGAAACUCAGAGUCAAACGGAUAGGGAAUCUCAUAAUGAUUCAGGAUACAGUACGAAGGUAUAUGGAAGCUCUCAAGGGCCAUCUCCAAGUCUAUCUGGUCACGUAGACGAUAAUUUGUCUGGGCAAAGGAUUAAUGUUCUGCCUAGUAAUAAAGAAGCUGGUGGGCAAAUGGGUGCAUCGAGCUUAGUGUAG